AUGAAAGAACAGGCCGUUGUCGACUUCAUAUCCGAAUUCACACUGUCGGCAUGCGGUGGCAUACUAGAACCCUUGACUUCGGACUUAACCCUAGCACCAACAGCCCCAGACAUCCUUCCUCCCACCAACCCUACUCCGCCACGAUGGGCAUUACACGUUGAUGGCACGUCCAAUCUACAAGGAUGUGGAGCAGGCCUCGUACUCGUGUCCCCUAGCGGCAUCACAAUGGAAUAUGCCCUCCAGUUUCAAUUCCGGGCAUCAAACAAUGAGGCUGAGUACGAGGCACUCCUUGCUGGCCUACGUCUAGCAAAGGAACUGGGGGCUGACUCAUUUUCCAUGUUCCAAGACUGCAGAGAAGUCUAA